UACUUGGCAGCCCCACGCUCGUCUUUGACAGUGAGCGUUGGUAGCUGUCUCCCACUGUAAUUCCCUAGCCAUUCAAACUAAGUAGCUAGCUAGCCAGUGAUCUAGUUUAACACGAGCCCUCACCUUAAAGGACAGUUAGCUGAAGAAAGGCGCUCGGUACUCGCGCUAACCGGUGUUUGGCAGCCGACAAAGGGACACGACAAAGAUGUCUAUAGACACGGAAGGGAAGAGCGAGAAAAUUAUGUAUAUGGAGAGCAAGGUGUUGUGGUACCCGGACUCCAAGAGGAACACACAGAUGGACAAGUUUAGGAUACAGGUCAACGGGGACUACGGACUUAAUCUGGCCAACUACAAUGACCUGUACCAGUGGUCGGUGGACAGCUACUCGGAGUUCUGGGCAGAGGUGUGGCGCUUCUGUGGAGUAGUCAGCUCCAAACCAUAUGAAGAGGUGGUGGAUGUAUCCAAACAGAUCUCAGAUGUUCCAGAGUGGUUUAAAGGAGCUCGGCUCAACUACACUGAGAACUUGCUCAAACAUGCAGACCAGGACAAAGUCGCUCUCUAUGCUGCAACGGAGGCAAAUGAGGAGAUUGUGAAGGUGACGUUUGGGGAGCUGAGGCGUGAUGUGGCGUUGUUUGCUGCAGCCAUGAGGAAGAUGGGCAUCCAGACUGGAGACAGGGUCGUAGGCUACCUACCCAAUGGUAUCCAUGCAGUGGAGGCCAUGUUAGCAGCUGCCAGCAUCGGAGCCAUUUGGAGUUCCACAUCUGUUGAUUUUGGAGUCAACGGUGUCCUUGACAGGUUUUCUCAAAUCCAGCCCAAGCUGAUCUUCUCUGUUGCCGCUGUGGUUUACAACGGCAAAACGCAUGACCACAUGGAAAAGCUGACCAGUGUUGUCAAAGGUCUGCCUGACCUGAAGAAAGUAGUGGUGAUUCCCUACGCUCGCUCCAAACACGAGACUGACCUCUCCAAGAUCCCCAACAGCGUAUUUCUAGACGAUUUCUUGGCAUCUGGGCGUGGUGAGGUCGACCAGUUUCCUCAGCUGGAGUUUGAGCAGCUUCCAUUCAGUCAUCCUCUGUUCAUCAUGUACUCUUCUGGCACCACAGGAGCUCCUAAAUGUAUGGUUCACUCUGCUGGGGGCACGCUCAUCCAACACUUGAAAGAACACAUUCUCCAUGGCAAUAUGACCAGCAGUGAUGUCAUCAUUUAUUACACCACGACCGGCUGGAUGAUGUGGAACUGGCUGGUGUCUGCUCUGGCAGUGGGAGCCUCUGUGGUUUUAUAUGAUGGUUCACCACUAAUGCCCACACCCAAUGUGCUGUGGAACCUAACAGACCAGCUGGGCAUCACUAUCUUUGGUACCGGGGCCAAGUGGCUGUCUGUGCUGCAGGAGAGGAACCUGAAACCCGCGGAAACACACAACCUCCAGUCUCUCCACACCAUCCUGUCUACUGGAUCUCCUCUAAAACCUCAGAGCUACGACUACGUCUACCGCUGCAUCAAGAGCAACGUGCUGCUGGGCUCCAUCUCAGGCGGCACUGACAUAGUGUCAUGUUUCAUGGGUCAGAACCCAACAGUUCCAGUGUAUCGUGGCGAGAUCCAAACAAGAAACCUCGGCAUAGCUGUGGAAGCCUGGAGCCUUGAAGGUAAGCCUGUAUGGGGAGAGAGUGGGGAGCUUGUCUGCUUGAAGCCAAUCCCCUGCCAGCCAACACACUUCUGGAAUGAUGAGAACGGGAGCAAAUACCACAAAGCGUACUUUUCUACAUAUCCUGGGGUGUGGGCCCAUGGAGACUACUGUAAAAUAAACCCAAAGACAGGAGGCAUUGUCAUGCUGGGCAGAAGUGAUGGUACACUGAACCCCAAUGGAGUCCGAUUUGGCAGCUCGGAGAUCUACAACAUUGUGGAGGCAUUCGAGGAAGUGUCAGACAGUCUUUGCGUUCCUCAGUACAACGCCGAUGGAGAAGAGCGAGUUAUUUUGUUCUUAAAGAUGGCACCUGGUAAGCCCUUCUGUCCGGAGUUGGUGGCGAAGAUUAAAGGAGCCAUUAGAAAAGCUCUUUCUGCCCGACACGUCCCUGCUCUGCUGCUGGAGACCAGAGACAUUCCUUACACCAUCAGCGGUAAGAAGGUGGAGGUGGCUGUGAAACAGGUGAUUGCUGGCCGGGAGGUGGCACAAAGAGGAGCUUUCUCCAACCCUGAUUCACUGGACCUUUACAAGAACAUUCCUGAACUGCAAAACUAUUAGAGAUGAGGCUUCACGGAGCUGAAGAGAGGACCUGCAAAAGAGAACCACCUGACAAGAAUUCAGCUUAGUUUUUAAAUUAACUUUAUUCAAAUUUACAGGCACAGGGAGACAUGCAAAGUGCAUUGCAGGGGUAGUUUACAAAGGCACCCUGAGCUUUGUACAGGGCUUUAAAAAGGAAAAAAUAUGUACGGCAAAACAAUACAAAAAUGGUACAAAUAAUAUGAAUAUAUAAUAGUAAGUCUAUGAUAUCAGGCAGAUAAAACAUUUUGUGUAAUGCUCCAUAGGCUAGCUUUCAAUCAAGUGAUCAAGCAGCUCUUAGUCUACCAUGUUGUUCAAGUAAAUGUUGAACUGGAGUCAGCUUUGGAUGUAAUAUGAUGUGCACAGCAGCGCUUGUGAAUAAGCUCAUGCUCUGAAGACACCAACAAUGGAGAAGCGAAAUUUCGCCUUAGGCUCUUUGCUUUGGCUUCACAGGCUGAUGUUUAUCAGCCAGCGAAGAACCAUAUCUCCCUGUGUCACCUGCUUUAACCCCGGUGUUGGUUCUGAGUGGGUCCCAGACUGAAAAUCCAUGGAAGUGUGCACAUAAAAACACACAAACACCUGGGAUUAACACCUCAGCUUUGGCUCAUAUCAUCAUAUCAUUGUUUUGCGGUGUGUGUAUUUCUUUAUUAAAUGUGUAUAUAUAUGAAUAUAUAUUUUUGGACUGUGAAAUUAUGUUAACAUUAUAGUUAUGCAUUUAAAGAUAGUGACCCAAACCUGUUAACCAAAGUAAAUCUCAGAUUUAGAGGUUCGUAGCAUGUCAGGAGUUGUAGUUUGAAUAAAUGAACCUUUCCAGAUAAAACCUAAAAACCUAAAAAGUUAUUGAUUUCUUGUGUAAUACAUGCUCAAAUCUUAACCCUCAUUUGACUUUGUAACCCUUGAUUCUAUUUCAUUCCAGCCAAGACAUCAAGGCAGGAAUUGAUGAAGCUCUCUACAAGGGAAAGUUAAGCUAUUGUACAGUCAAGAUCAAGUUUGAUCUGAAAGUGAGCAAAUGUUCAUUUCACCACUAAAUCCUGUAGUUAUUAGUUCUAUAUCUAUGUUCCAUGUUUGUUGUAGCGCAAAGAAAAAUGUGCUCUCUUCAAAUAGCUACAGUACAGCCUCUUGCUUUUUGUACAUGGGAAAGCUGAAUUAUUUAUUCAAAACUUCCUCAUGCUGUGUGGCAAAGCCUAAAGGCUAAUUCAUGCUAUUAAAGAUGAAAUGCAGUGGUUUUGGUCACUAGUAGUACUACUGAGGGUGUACAAUAACAAAACACUAAUCACUUGGGUUUAAUUUCCUGUUGGGAGAAAAAAAUACCUGACCAGAAUGUGAAUUGUGGAGAAAUCACAGAUAUAAAUGUCAGAGAAGCAUUUAAUCUUUGGAGGAAAAAAUACGCUGGAGCAAGCAUUUUAUACUGAUACAUAGGUAGCACUUUUCUUAUUGGACCUUUUGUAAUUUUUAAGGAUUAUUCUUAUUUGGCUUUUGAUUCAGUCUUUGUCAUAAAGGUAUGAAUGUCAAAACAAAUCAACUGGAAAACUCUGCAGUUCAUCUUUAAUGUCAUAUUCACUGCUUAAAUUGAAUACAUUUCCUCUUUAAAGGUACCCUGUGGAGUUUUUGACAACUAGUAGCGCUAUGGAGCAAAGCUUUGAUGAGUGGCUCCCCGUUUUGUUUGAAUCUUGUGCACGAGCACACGGGUGACGGGAUGUGUGCCAGGUGCCAUCACAGCGUUCCCAGAAAAGUAGCAAUGCACCAGCAAAACACAUGGAAGAAGACUGCAAACUAGCAAACAUGGACGUAAACAAUGCAGGUUUCAAGUAAAAAAAAACCCAACUACUUUUCAAAUGUUUUAGGAGCUUUUUUAGGCCUCGAGGAUACACACAGUGCUUUUUGGUGAGAAACACUGUAAACAAAACUUUAUUUUUUAGAAGAUAACGCCACAGAGUACCUUUUUAAAGUCUCAAAGACGCAUAGGUUCUCUCUUCUAGAGACAGGGAUCAUAAUUAGAUAACUCUUCACUUUGCACUUUAGUACUAUAUAUGUGACAUUGUUCAUGGUGAAAUCUGGUGAAACGUGGCUGAUCAACUGUUCCAUUCUGCAGUGUGCGUGCAGGUUAUGCCUUUUUUUUUUUUUUUUUUGCAUCAAAUGUUUCUUAUAAUAGGCCAGAAGUUUGCAAACAUAAUUCUGGGUUUGUCACAUGUAAAUAAUAAGUUGGCUGUUUGGUUCUUUGAUGGCCACCUUUAGUGAAUCUACAAUGUAUUUUUACUUUUUUUGGUGUUGUGAGAAAGUUUAUUGAAUCAGAUGUGACAAGUGUCUGAAUUAUUUCUCCAGUAGAUUAUUUGCUCUUUUACACAACAGCAUGAUGAUGAUGGUCAUUGUCUAGGUCUAGUUUAUGUUGGAAGUUGACAGAACCAUGAAUGCAUGUGAACUCUUCUCAUUUGCACACCAUGGCUGUGUUUUUCAGGGGUUAAGUUGUUUACCAAGGGAGAUUUUGUUGCAAGCACGGGUGCAUUUCCUAGUUGACAACUGUCUUCCCAGUAAAGUAAAGCCAGUCUGAGAGCAAAAGCUGAAACAAACGAUUUUGUAUUUCAAAACUUCAGCCUUUUAUACCCAUCGCAGAUUUACAGCAUGUGCAUCCACAUUGUUUUCCUAAGAUAAACUGGGAGACCCUUUAUCCCAUGCUUGCUGGACACAGGAGUUUAAGUCAACAUUUAAGUUUUCUAACAGCUUUACUGAAAUAUUUACUUCUGAGUUCUGACACUAAAACUACCAGCAACUCAAAAGUCCAUAAAAAAUUAAACAGUUUUAUUGAUAUUCA